AGCUGUCGCCACUUUCAUUCCGAGUUGUGCCCUGUAUCGCCUCAAUAGCAACAAGGCUCGCUCUGUGAUACUGCGUCGACUCGGCAAUUGCAUCACUGCCUCGACUUGCGUUGACUCGAAUCAUCGAUUAUCGAUUCUUGUCUCAGGCAACAGCAAAAAAAAAAACCCCCCAUACCGCAAAUCACUCCGCAGGCAUCUGAAAGGCACUUCGAGUCCCGCCUGUGAUUGGCCUUUGCCCCCAAGCAUACGCACCAGCCCUCUUUAUCCUUCCCCCUGUCGCCCCUCGCUGCUGCUGCCUCCUCGACUCCUCUCCCUCUCUUUCACGCACUCUUCUCUCUUGCACACCUCUCGCCGCCACCUGGUCGUUAUUUUGACCUCUACUCCUCCCUCAUCCCCCUCCUCCGCCGCCGUCGCGAACCCCCCGUCUCUCCAUCCUCAUCAUGUCGAGGCAACCCCGCAACCAAAGUCAAGCCGGGCCGACGGCCACAGCCCGACAAAACGAGUACUUCGUCCCCCGCGAUGGUAUUGACCGCGAGGUCAUCUCGGCCGACAUUUGCCGUUAUCUGGGCAACGAUGCCCUGGUAAGGCCUGGGCAUUACGAGAACCCACAGACUGGCCAAGUCGUUCAAGGAUACUAUAUUACAGCCUACAGGAACUUGACUACAGCGAUGAUUGAAGAUCUCAAGGCCGACUCUGCCCGAUGGGACAGUGAGAGGCGAGCGCAGACGUCGCGCCACACCUCUGGAGGUAUCCAUACCUCGAGAGACGCCAAUGGCUUUGCCGCGAGACUCUCAUCUAACUCACCUGUAGUACAAUAUCGCUACUCUGAGACGCAUCAGUCGCGCCAGAACCAAGGCCCUACCGAAUCGCCUUUCCAAGCGGACCCUUACCGUGACUCUGGAUAUGAGAACAGGUACCCGGGAACCGGAGCACCGGGCUACACUGGAGCAUCUGGCGCCUACCCUCCGCCGCAGCAACAGCAACAACAACAGUACGCCGGCACCAGUGGUGGCGCGUACGCUGGUGGCUACCAGCCAACCCAGCAGUCUCCCGGUCCGGACCCAAGGUUUUCUGUUCCCCAGGGUGGUUCCAUGAUUCGUCCCGGGUACCAGCCCAGCCAGGACCCUCCAUAUAUUGGAACGGGAGCCAAUCUGCCCCAAUCUGGAUUUGCCCAGCCAAAUGAUCCUUAUAACUCCCGGUUAGGCGCGUCGGCUGCAGCUCCCCAGCAGCCUGUCUAUGCGACUGCUCCACCGCAGCAGCCUACUUACCCAGCAUCCUCAUCACCGUACCAGCCGUUCCCGGGCCAGGCUCCCGCCGCUGCCGGGCAACCUUAUCCGGCCAUGCAGCCCCAUGAUCCCUUUUAUGGGCGAGGUGCGUUCGUUGGAGCACAUCGUCUCCCCCUUGGGGCUUGAAAUCUAAUUCUUUAGCUUCCCCAGCAGGCCAAGCUCCGCAACAACAAACUCAAGGCUACUCGAACCAGGGACAGCAGUAUGAAGCCGCCCCCCCUUCCCGUUCUUCCGCAACGCCGGCAACAGCCCCGACUCCCCCUGCAGGCUCAAGUAAUCGUCGUAGUGACAGGGACAGCGACAGGCACCACCGACCCCCCCGACGAUAAUCGACGCAGUCCCCAUCCCUGCUCCAUAUUGCCAUGGCUCCGAGGACCUCGCAUUCUUGCGGAGCUGGGCCACGCCGUGGCUGUGUCUUGUUUCUCCUUCCCACAAGAUGACCGGGCCGGUGACUGGCUUCCUUUUUGACCAUGGACAUCCGGCACUAUCUCUUUGUUUUUGACUCGUCCCGCGGAUUACCUAACGCCUUUGGAUCCUCGCUCAUGAAUCCCAUCUGGAAGGUCCAAGUUUUGCCUACCGGGAAGUAUGCCUGGAUAUUUUCGCUUGAUGAUUUGUCGCUCGUCUUCGCCAGCACCGCGACGGUCUCCGGAUAAACUGUCUGGGUCACCCUCUUGGGGCCCAUUUCGCGCAACUCUUGAGAUCAAAUGCCCUUGGAGUCACGGCGUCGUUUUGCAUUUUAUGAACAAGCCCCCAGUGGAUCGUUGUCGACUUUUUUCCACGGCCCUGGAUGAAUGAUGUUGCAUAUGUCCUUUCAUAUUUCGCCUUUGGCGGCGCAGGUGGGAAAAGGAGGGCAACGUGGCGCGCUUUACAUUGGAUGCCUUUGCUUGAGACUCGAACUUGCUGCCUGGACCGGUCUCUGGCGGAUCCCUCUCCCCGGAUGUGAUUGCAUUGUGUCUCUUCUAUUCCGAUGGCCACAGCAGUCCCUGGGUAUUGACCCUGUUGUUGCAAAGCAAACGACGAGGCCAGUGUCUAGGCAGCAAG